AUGAGGGUAGGUCCGUACGAUCCAUCCACCUCUGCAUCCCGUGCUUUACUGUGUGCUUCUUGCCAAGGAGUCGUUGCUCGCAUAGGAACUCCACCGGGCUCUUGGGAUGGCCCCGAACCCGAGCAGUUCGCCUACCCGGCGCGAGUAGACACUUGGAGAGGAGCUCACCACACCAUCGACUCCGGCUUCAUCAGUUCAGUAGAGAAGGGAUGUUAUAUCUGCAAUGCUCUCUUGGAGAUGUUUCCAAAGCAAGAGCGGAGUCGUGCACAAUCCUCUCGCACGUUCUACGAAAUCUGCCCCAACGGUCAUCGGCGAUGGGCCUUAAGGUUCACCAUCGAGCUGCCUGCAGGCUUUUCACGCUAUGAGACACCGCCACAGGUGAUCGAGUGCGAGGGUGCUUUUAAGAUCCUUCCUGAAAGCGCCUUAUCCAGGACUCCUGUGAAGCUCAAACUUGAGGACGAUACUUCCAGCGAACCCUGCAAAAGUCAGAUACGGACAUGGCUCUCCCGGUGCACCCACGGCCACUCCCUCUGCAAUGAGGACUGGCGAACGACAACUCAAUACUCGAUGCGCCUCCUCAAUGUCAGCGACACCAACAUCCGUCUCGAAGAGUUCGGUCCCGGAACUGGGCCCAAUAAAUACGUUACGUUGAGCCAUUGCUGGAAUAACAGUUCCGAGAGAUCGUUAUCGCAACUCAAAACGUCCAAUUUGACCGACUUGAGACGUGGGUUCGCCGAAUCUAGCUUGCCCGGAAAUUUCCGACAUGCCAUAGCGGUCGCGAGGUCGAUAGGAAUCAAUUACUUGUGGAUCGACGCUCUCUGUAUUAUUCAAGAUUCUGAGGAUGACUGGCGAGAACAAUCAAACAUUAUGGACGACAUUUAUGCUGGAACACACUGUAACAUUGCCGCACUGAACCAGGUUGGGGAAGCUGGAUUCCUGGGCAAAAGACGGCUCGAGAUCAUAGAGCCCUUUUUGAUGCGAGAUCCCGAGCGCGCUUCUCGUUCCACCACCCAUAUCAUCGGCUACGACGACUUCUGGUGUAACAGCCUCCUCAGUAGCUCUCUCCACAAUAGGGCUUGGGUGCUCCAAGAACGACUGCUGAGUCCACGCACAAUACAUUUCGGAGAACAGAUAUUUUGGGACUGUCGAGAACACAAGGCCUGCGAGACCUAUCCUACUGGCAUUCCCGACGAGCUCUCCAACCAUAGAACUAAGGCCUGGAGACAGAGUGAACAAGUCCUCAGUCCCAAAAGCAAAGUCCAUCCGGAACCUUCUCAGAAGUCAUGGUUGGGUGCCCUACAGGCGUAUCUCCUACCACCUAGGCCCGUAGAUCGCUUGAUACGCCAGAAAAAGGCAUACGAAUAUUGGAGCACUGCGGUCGAGCACUAUAUGAGAUGCGAACUCUCCCAUGCUACGGACAAACUAGUGGCGAUCCAGGGGCUCGCCAACAAAGUCCAUGAUAUGACCGGGGAACGAUAUCUGGCAGGCUUGUGGGACAGCCCCGAUCUCGCUCAUAGCCUGCUAUGGUACACCCCAGGGAGGCAACAAGCCAACGGUCGGCCUUCCGCCAAGCAUGGUCCACGGUGUAUGAGGGGCUAUCGAGCGCCAUCCUGGUCCUGGGCGUCACUGGACGCCAAGAUCGUCUGGAAGUGGCCAUCCCAAUGUGGCCAGCUUCUUCUGCGGAUCGAAGAGAUCAUCACGCAGUCUCAUUCAGACGUGGCUUCUGAAGCUUCGCAUCCCUCGGAAAUACGCGUCAGUGGCCGCUUGAUACCCGUGGAGCUUCAAAUUACGAGUGAUUAUGAAGAUGGCAGUCCAGACGAAGAUGGGAGCUAUGCGGUGGAACCGAGACAAGCGAAUUCUACGACAGAGUCCCUCGAGAUGAUAGUGGACGCACUCUCUGCUUCAGACCCGACCAUCCUUCUGGAUGAAGCGUUAGUCCCGAGGUGUACGAUCAAUGUCGAUCUACUACCAGUCGUCACCGAGUGGAGAGGUCGACCUGCGCAUCCCGCUGCCGAGGUUGCCGGCCUCAUUCUGAGGCGGCCCUCCUUUAACAGCAGGGCCGUUUAUGAGAGGAUUGGUGUCUUUUGUUUUGACAAAAUUCCCACCGAUGACAACCUGCUCAGCGGGGGUGGAAAUAGCUUACAGGCGGCAUUUUCUCAAAGGGCCACGGAACGUGUCAUACUGAUCUGA